AUGAAGCUUUUCUCUGAAGCCGUUGCUCAGGUGUUGCGAAGAGGCAGGCAGCCAAAUAUUGCCAGACAGCCCAAGAAACUCAUGGGCCACUUCUCCAAGAGACACGGAGGUUUCAUCUUUGAAAAGGAGAAGGUACCAAUUUUUGCCAACCCAGACUUGUCAGAUUUUAAACUGAAACCAUAUGUCUCGCAUACGACACCAAAGAACCCACAAAAAGCAACAACAAAAACUACCACUACUGCAUAA